AUGAAACCAAAUCUAUCCCACCUCAAAACACGGCAACUAGUCCGUCUCGCCCAAAUAAUAGGCGUGACCAAGCGAGGCCCGAAGCUGGAAUUGGCCGAGAGGAUCUCCCGGGAGAUAUCAGCGUACCAGCUCCCAUUGUCGAAGGAAAGUGGCCGAAACGGAUUGCAAGAUGGUACGGAAGGAGGCUUGGAAAAUGCAAAUGCAAUGAGCAUCUUGAGCCUCGACGUUGGGAUCCAGAAUCUGGGGAUUGCGAAUUUUAUAGUUCCGCCGUUUGAACCGCUGAAAUCAAGUUCAAGUGCUCGAUCUGCAGCAAUUGCCGAUACGCUGGACCCAAAAUGGACGACAAAUAAUAAUAUAACGCCCAUCCUGAACGGAUGGCAAUGUCUAAAAGUCUCCGAUAUGGAAGUGCCACUCCCACCGGAGACACAGAUAACACCGGAAGCAAAAGAAGAAGAAAAGGACGAGCUCACCCAAAGUACAUCCAAGAAGAGUGUUAUUCCCUUUUCCACUCCCGCCUACGCAGCCCGCGCAUACACACUCAUCACCUCAUUACUGGAAAAGUACAAGCCCACCCACGUCCUUAUUGAAAAGCAGCGGUUCCGAUCUGGCGGUGGCGUGGCGGUUCAGGAGUGGACGCUUCGAGUUGGGGUUUUGGAGGGGAUGCUUUAUGCUGUUUUAUAUACAUUGAAGCAACAACAACGACAACACCAAGGAACACAGCUGGAACAACAAUAUCUGCCUCCUCCAUUGGUACAUACCGUGGAUCCACAACAGGUAAUCAAAUACUGGCGUGCGUUGAGCGGAUCGCCGACUUUUCGACUUAGGGGCAAGAAAUAUGAUCGUUUUCAACUUGAAUCACCACCGACGAAAACAAUGAAAAUGACACCAGCAGACGUCAAAAGGACCAAAAUCGACCUAGUCGGUACAUGGUUAUCGGUAUCGAGAGAAAAUGAGAAUGAAAAUGAAAUGGCCCGAUCUAGCGAUACUCGCGAUUCCAGUUCCAGUUACGCCGAACUAGACAUUACUUCAAACGAAUCAAUACCGCAGACAAUACUGCAAACCCCGAAAGUUCAAAUCGCUACCAACCCCCAAGUCAGAGAUAUGGUAGACAUAUAUCUGCGUCGUUGGGACGGGGGUCCUAGUCCUAGUCCUAGAUCCAGCCGGGGAAGCACUAUUUCUGGUGAACCCCCACCCCGUAAACUGGAUGAUCUGGCUGAUUGUCUUUUGCAGGGGGUUACGUGGUUGGAUUGGCAGGUUAUGCGGUAUCGGGUUCUCACUGAGGGGAUUGAUGAUGUUCUUUCUUCUUUUCAGGAGAUGAAUGAUUGAAUACGCUAUUAUAUAUAUGCCCGGA